AUGCGGACGGUUCGGACGCUCGCAACUCCCCGCAGCACCCCUCCGCCGCCACCGCGUCCGGCCGCCGUCUGGACCGCCGGGGAGCCGGGAGCUGUCACAGCCGAGCCCGGUCCAGCCACGGAUGCAUCUGGUGAGAGAAUGAAUGCUGAUGACUGCAAUGGCCGUUCACAUGCACAGGGUAAUGGAGGAGAGUCAUCAGCUGAACAGGACUUUUAUGGCGCGUUGCAGGGCCCUUCUACACGAUCUCCAAACAGUCAGCAGUCCUCACCGCACCGCUCCCUCAGUGCGAACUCCAUCAAGGUUGAGCUGUGCAGCGAUGAUGAGUCACCAGGUGCUGCACGGCCGGAGAACAAAGAGCCAGUGAGGGCCGACAGCAGGAAGGAUGACAGAGGGGACCCUAUGGAAGAAGGGAGGACAGAAUUUGCUGGCGUUGGAAGAGACAGAACAAGCCUUUACGGUGAGAUGACGGCUCCUAAUUCUGCCUCGCCGGGACCCAUCCGACUGCCCAACGGGAAGCUGCAGUGUGAGAUUUGUGGAAUGAUCUGCAUUGGACCAAACGUACUGAUGGUCCACAAGCGUAGCCACACAGGUGAGCGUCCAUUUCAGUGUAACCAGUGCGGAGCCUCCUUCACCCAGAAGGGGAACUUGCUGCGCCACAUCAAGUUGCAUUCAGGAGAGAAGCCUUUCAAAUGUCCCAUUUGUAAUUAUGCUUGCCGCCGGAGAGAUGCCCUGGCUGGUCAUCUACGCACACAUGCAGGUUCUUCUCAGACAGUGGGCAAACCUUUCAAGUGCAGCUUUUGUAGUCGCAGCUAUAAACAACAGAACACGCUAGAUGAACAUCUCGAACGCUGCCAUAAUUAUCUGAAGAGUCUGGAGCCGCAGACAAUGGUCAACUCGCUGGCGGCACAGGGUGAGGGUGAAGAUUCGCUAAAUGCAGAGACAGUUACUAAACCUGAACUGCAGCCAUCCAGUGACAAAAUCUGGUCUGUGGAUAGACUUUCUGUUAGCAUAACCAAACGGAAGAGGUCCACACCGCAGAAGUUUUUAGGAGAAAAGCACAUGCACCUUGAUCCACCUGAAGCACCUUAUGAACUGUCCUCUGGCUCUGAGAAGGAAGGGGACUCGACAGGACUGGCUGGUCCGUACCUCCAUCCGGUCAGGGGCAAAGGGGAAACCCAUGAGUCGUCUGCACUAUCUCAGCUUCACGCCGGCUUUGUGGCGGAGCUUCGCACCCCCGUGGGCUCCAGCAACAUGUCUCCUCAGGGCCUCCGAGCCCAUGGUGCAGGUGGGCUGGCAGCAAUGUCCUUCGGCCUCCACAGGCGGGAGCCGGGGGAAGGCCGCGACGACCAGCCCUCGGUAAACAGCCACGCCGCCUCGCCCAACGGCUGCCCCGACUCCACGGACACGGAGAGCACAGCAGAAGAGCAGAGCACAAGGGCUACAGCCCCAACAAGUACCUCCAACAACCACCACCUCCACCACCAAACCCCAGCACUGCCCCGCAGCCAUCCCAUCCUGAGCCCCGGCCAGGCCAAAGACUUGGACACGGAGUGGGAGAGAGGGGUUUCAGCGCCCCAGAAUGUAGUAAAAAGGGGUCCCGGCUCGCCCAUUUCAUCCAGGGACACCUUGCAGGUGUUGGACAGGGCCGGCAGGCCAGCGCGCUCCUUUUACUGCCGACACUGCCGCAUCAUUUUUCUGGAUCACGUCAUGUUCACCAUCCACAUGGGCUGUCACGGUUUCCGCCAACCGUUCGAAUGCAACAUCUGCGGCCACCCCAGCCAGGACCGCUACGAAUUCUCCUCUCACAUCAGCCGUGGAGAGCACCAGGUGGGCUGAGGACGGGAGAUCACGGUCGCAUGACCAGAGGCAACUGUUGCUCUCCAAAAAUUGUGGGCUCACGUUUGCUCUGCACCAGAUCAUUGGCUUUGAAUCAUUUUGAAAAAAACUAAAAAGUUACUGUGAAAAUAGAUAUAUAUUAAAGCAAACUUUUGGGCAAAAUCGUUCCAAUGCACCAGUUAUAGUUUAGCGGAUGUAAAUUGCAUUUUGAUUGCGACUCCCAUUUGAAAUCCUAUAGCAAAACUAAAUUUUGCUUUAAAAGUGCCUUCUUUGUGGAUUUCCUCUCAGUGAGAAAAAAAUAAAGGAGAGAACUGGUGCUCCAAAAUCUAUACUAGCCAUCUUUCCCUAAGUGAUUUUUGAGUAGUUAGAGUGUUUAGGAAAUUGCGUUCACAUGCAGUUAUUGAAAGCAUGUGCAUUUUAAAGAUUAUGUUGCUUAGUGUGCGCUGAGAGCUUUGCUUUUGUGGCUGAGGAGGGUAUUUUGUAUGGUUUGUCAGGUAAGCUUAAUAUGCACUAAGAGCUUUGUGCCUCUGGGUGUGGAUGGAGCUUUUGUCGCAGACAAAGCACAGACAUGGAUUGCCUUAACUCUAACAGCAGUAAUCUGCUGUUGGAAAACAUAUUGUUUACAGUGUGGUUUUAACAGUGUGUGAAGUCAACUCUGAAGAAAGGAAUAUUCAGGACAAAGCAAAAUCACAGAGGAAAUAAGGGAGAAAUGGGAGUUUAGGGCUACAAUCUAAAGUGGGUAUUUGGAUUUUAAAGUGACUGCCAGAAUACUGGUGCAGAUCAGACCGUGAGCCGUGUGGUGUGGAAGAGUCUCUCUGAAUCGGCCCAGGGUGCUAUACCUCUCUGCAGGAUUGUACUUUUAGGUUCCCUGCUCAUAUAUGAACACCUCUGCCCGAGCACCUCAUGGCUUUUUACAGUUGAUUUCUGUGAUCGUCCUACUGCACUGAUAAACGGGAUAAGAGACACAAUGCUCGUCCGAUCUGCAACCCCGCUCGAUUUUUAACGGAGCCGGCCUUCUACAGUGGGUCAGAACAUUGCACUGGUUCUGCCGUCUGCACUCGAGUUUGCUUCAAAGAUUGACAGAGAAUGAACAUUAGUUUAACUAAAGAUUAUUUUGUGGUGUGACACUCAGAGGUUGCAGCCGAGAUUUUAAUCACUUUCCAUAAUAUAAGAAAGAAAUUAUUUAAAAAUUCAUUGACAGCAAAUCAGUUUGAAUCUGUUUUGUUAUCACUUGUGAUUAUCUAUUAGUGUUGUUUGUUUCAGCCUUGGUGUAUUUAAUCAGCUAUAUUCCAAAUCUUAUCCAGCAUAUUCCUCAAGUCCAUGAAAUGUUACCUCCUGCUUCUUUAUAGCACCCGAAUACCUUAUUGCUUUAUUAUGGUGAGUUAUUUGAUAAUGUUAAUAUUGGGAACAUGAAUGAGACCAAACUCAGUAUUCUUACUUGUUAUUGUGGGUUUGCUUCUUCAUAGUUUAACUUGGUUUCCUUUAAUAGCAAAAAAAUGUACUUGAAACAAUUUGGGGGGGAGAAAAAAUAUCUAAAAAUGCACUUGAGUUUAAUAAGUAGAGAGCUGUGUGUGUAUGUGUGUGUGUGUGAGUGGAAUAUAGCAUGUGUGCUCAUCAUUUUCUGCUUUUUCCUGAAUUGUGAAUUAUUUCCGAAAUGUGAAGUUAUUCUUAGAAGUGAAAACGAGGCAUGGGUUUUUUUCUCCUUGUGUGGACUCAUUGUUCUAAGAUAUUUUGUGAAUGACGUAAAAUGACAAAACACUUUACCUCAAAGUUCAAUAUGUACAACUGCCUCAUUAGUUCCAAAAGUCAUGUUGCUUUCCAAGAUGUUCUUGCAGUUAUAAUGCGUGGCCCUUGAUAUUUUCAAAACUUUUUACUGUCAAUAAAGUUACAUUUAUUGUAAAAGCUAUUCUCCAGUUUGACUGAUAGCAUCCACCUCUCUAUGUGCGUGUAAUUAAACAUCAAGCAAGAGUCAAACAAGAAAGACUGUUUCUAUCACAAAAAUAUGUCC